AGAGAGAACGGGAGAGAUCGAAAGAAAGAGAGAGAGAGAGAGAGACCCCCUGUGAUACUUGACCAAUUAAGGAUCUCACUGUAAGAUAGAGAGAGAGAGAGAGGGAGAGAGAGAGAGAGAGAGAGAGAGAUAAAAAAGAGCAAAACAGUGAAGAUCUUUCUUUUUCACGAGUUCACGGAGCCCACCGGUUCUGCCCGCUGGGAGGGAUUUAACGCACACCGCAACGGGAAGACAGAGCUGUAGAUUAAGAAAGGCCACAAACCUAAGCACAGCAGCGAGAGAGAGAGAGGGAGCGGUCGUCCAACAGACUCCUCCUCUAAACCCCAGCCAGUGAACAGAGAGAGACCCGACGGCAUAAAAAUGAGUGGUUCCCACCUCCGCCAACACCAGUCGGCUCAGCCUGCAUUCAACGCCCUUUCACCGGACAAAGAAGCAGACAUGCCUGCUACAGAGAAGGACCUUGCCGAGGACGCGCCGUGGAAGAAGAUCCAACAGAACACGUUCACCCGCUGGUGUAACGAGCAUCUGAAAUGCGUCAACAAACGAAUCGCCAAUCUCCAGACGGACCUGGGCGACGGGCUGCGGCUGAUCGGACUCCUGGAGGUGUUGAGCCAGAAGAAGAUGUUCAGGAAAUACAACCAGCGGCCCACUUUCCGACAGAUGCAGCUCGAGAACGUCUCGGUGGCACUCGAGUUCCUAGACAAGGAGAACAUCAAGCUGGUGUCCAUAGACUCCAAGGCCAUAGUGGAUGGUAACCUGAAGCUGAUCCUUGGCAUGGUGUGGACUCUGAUCCUCCACUACUCCAUCUCCAUGCCCAUGUGGGACGAGGAGGAGGAGGGUGACGGCCAGCAGAAGACCCCGAAACAGAGACUUCUGGGAUGGAUCCAGAACAAGCUACCAGAGAUCCCCAUCCACAACUUCAGCAGAGACUGGCAGAGUGGCAGAGCACUGGGGGCACUGGUCGACAGCUGUGCUCCGGGCCUGUGCCCUGAUUGGGACCAGUGGGACCAGACUAAACCAGUGGACAAUGCCCGUGAGGCCAUGCAACAGGCUGAUGACUGGCUGGGUAUCCCUCAGGUGAUAACCCCAGAGGAGAUCGUUGACCCUAAUGUAGAUGAACAUUCCGUGAUGACAUAUCUGUCCCAGUUCCCCAAGUCCAAACUGAAGCCUGGUGCACCCCUCCGCCCCAAACUGAACCCCAAGAAGGCCCGCGCAUACGGACCAGGUAUAGAGCCAGUAGGUAACGUUGUGAUGAAGAAGGCGGUGUUUACAGUGGAGACCAUCAGUGCUGGGAUGGGAGAGGUGCUGGUGUAUGUAGAGGACCCUGCCGGACACAAAGAGGAGGCCAAGGUGACAGCCAACAACGAUAAGAAUCGUACCUACUCAGUCUACUACAUUCCCAAAGUCACUGGGAUGCACAAGGUGACGGUGCUGUUUGCGGGGCUACACAUCAAUAAGUCUCCUUAUGAGGUGGAAGUGGGGAUGGCUCAGGGAGACAGCAGUAAAGCUACAGCCCAGGGACCUGGACUAGAACCUGCCGGGAACAUCGCCAAUAAGACCACAUACUUUGAUGUCUACACCGCAGGUGCUGGUGUGGGAGAGGUGGAGGUGGUGAUCAUGGACCCAGCGGGUAAGAAGGACGUGGUGGUGUGUCAGAUAGAGGAUAAGGGCAACAGUUCGUACCGCUGCACCUACAAACCCACCCUGGAGGGGGCCCACACCAUCUACGUUACCUUCGCCGGGGGACAGAUCAGCAAGAGCCCCUUCACUGUUAACAUAGGAGAGGCGUGUAACCCCAGCCUGGUUCGGGCUAAGGGGCGUGGUCUGCAGCCCAAAGGCCUCAGGGUGAAGGAGACGGCUGACUUCAGAGUCUUCACUAAAGGAGCUGGGACUGGAGAACUCAAAGUCACCAUCAAGGGCCCCAAGGGUCUGGAGGAGCCCUGUAAGAGGAAGGAUCUAGGAGACGGAGUGUUUGGGUUUGAGUACUACCCCACCACCCCCGGGACAUACAGUAUAACCAUCACCUGGGGAGGACAACACAUCCCCCGCAGUCCGUUGGAGGUGAAGAUUGGUUUGGAGGCGGGGCCACAGAAGGUGCGAGCAUGGGGGCCCGGCCUGGAGAGCGGCAUUGUGGGUAAAUCUGCCGACUUCGUGGCCGAAGCUGUUGGAGAGAAUGUGGGAACACUGGGUUUCUCCGUGGAGGGUCCGUCCCAGGCGAAGAUCGAGUGUGAUGAUAAGGGCGACGGGUCAUGUGACGUGCGGUACUGGCCAAUGGAAGCAGGAGAGUAUGCGGUGCAUGUGCUCUGUAACAACGAGGACAUCCAGCACUCUCCCUUCAUGGCUGAAAUCACUGCUGCUCCGAACAAGGACUACUACCCUGAUAAGGUGAAGGCGUAUGGUCCAGGCCUACAGAGCAGUGGUCUUGCUGUGGGGAAACCCACUGAGUUCACCGUCGACGCCAAGCUGGGAGGGAAUGCUGCCCUCAACAUCCUGGCACAGGAUGGUGAGGGAACCCCAGUAGAUGUUCAGGUGAAGGAUAACGGUAAUGGAACGUACACCUGCAGUUACACCCCCAAGAAACCCCUCAAACACACCGUCAUGGCGUCCUGGGGCGGGGUCAACAUACCGGACAGUCCCUUCAGGAUGACUAUCGGGGCAGGCUGCCACCCUAACAAGGUGAAGGUGUCAGGUCCUGGUGUGGCUAAAACAGGGCUGAAGGCAUUUGAACCAACAUUCUUCACUGUGGACUGUGCUGAGGCGGGACAAGGUGACAUCAGUAUCGGUAUAAAGUGCUCUCCAGGCGUGGUGGGACCGGCGGAGGCAGACAUCGACUUCGCCAUCAUCAGAAACGACAACGACACGUUUACCGUUAAAUACACCCCGCCAGGCGCUGGUAGUUACACUAUCAUGGUGCUGUUUGCUGACCAGACCAUCCCCAUGACUCCCAUCAGGAUCAAAGUUGACCCGUCACACGACGCCAGCAAGGUCAAGGCUGAGGGACCUGGACUCAACCGCAGUGGUGUGGAGUUGACCAAGCCGACCCACUUCACAGUACACACCAAGGCUGCAGGUAAAGCCAAGCUGGACGCUGUGUUCUCUGGCCCGGCUAAAGGAGAGGCUGUUAAGGACUUUGAGAUCAUCAACAACCAUGACAACACUCACACGGUCAAGUACACCCCCAUCCAGCAGGGGCCUCUGGGAGUGGCCGUCACCUACGGAGGAGAUUCUAUUCCCAAGAGCCCCUUCUCCAUCCCUGUGGCUCCAAGCCUCGACCUCAGCAAGAUACAAGUUGAUGGACUGGGAGACAAGAUAACAGUGGGUAAGGACCAGGAAGUGACCGUGAAGUCCAAGGGAGCAGGAGGUCAGGGGAAGGUGGGAGCUAAGGUUACAGGGCCCUCUGGGAAACCUGUCACCUGCAAGGUGGAACCGGGGCUUAAACCAGAGACCAGUCAGGUAAAGUUUAUCCCUCGAGAGGCGGGGCCAUACCAGGUGGAGCUGACCUAUGACAGCGCUCCCAUCCCAGGAUCCCCUUUCAAACCCACCGCCUACCCCCCCACUGAUGCCACCAAGGUGAAGUGUUCUGGCCCAGGGUUGGAGCGUGCCAAGGUGGGAGAGACUGGGGAGUUUGUGGUGGACUGUACCAACGCAGGUCCAGCUGAGCUGACCAUAGAGAUCAUCAGUGACAGCGGGACAGAGGCAGAGGUCCACAUCCAGGAUAACGGAGACGGAACCUACACCAUCACCUACAUCCCCCUGUACCCCGGCUCCUACACCCUCACCAUCCGCUACGGGGGGCAGGAUGUACCCAACUUCCCCGCCCGCCUCACAGUGGAGCCAGCCGUCGACGCCAGUGGAAUCCGCGUGUUCGGACCGGGAGUGGAGGGCAAAGGCGUGUUCCGCGAGGCGACCACAGACUUCACGGUAGACGCCAGAGCUCUGAACCAGACGGGAGGGAACCACAUCAAGACCGUGAUCCAGAACCCAUCUGGCUCCGUUACCGACGCUGUCAUCACCGACCGCCGUGAUGGCACCUACAACGUAGAGUACACUCCCUACGAAGAGGGUCCCCACAGUGUAAAGGUGGCAUACGAUGAGUCCCCAGUUCCCAAAAGUCCGUUCCGCGUGGCAGUGACAGAGGGUUGUGACCCGGGGCGUGUACGUGCACAUGGACCCGGCUUGGACAGUGGCAUCACCAACAAAGCCAACAAGUUCACUGUGGAAACCCGUGGUGCGGGUACAGGUGGUCUGGGUCUGGCUGUAGAGGGCCCAUCCGAGGCUAAGAUGUCCUGCACAGACAACAAAGAUGGCAGCUGCAGCGUAGAGUACAUUCCCUACGAGGCUGGAACGUACAACCUCAACAUCACCUACGGAGGACAGCCCAUCGCUGGCAGUCCAUUCCAGGUUCCUGUCAGUGACACGGUGGACAGUUCUAAGGUGAAGUGCCAGGGGGUGGGGCUUGGAACCAACGUGCGUGCCAACAUUCCACAGGCCUUCACAGUGGACGCCUCUAAAGCAGGAGUCGCCCCUCUACAAGUCAGAGUACAGGGACCCAAAGGUGUGCCAGCCCUUUAUUUGAUUCUAGAACUUUUGGUUCCUGUGUCCAACUCUCAUUUCUCUGUGUGGUGUGUAGGUGUAGUGGAGCCAGCAGAGUUAGUGGAUAAUGGAGACCAGACUCACACCGUGAACUACAUCCCGACCAGAGAGGGACCUUACUCUAUCAACGUACUGUAUGCUGACCAAGAGAUCCCACGCAGUCCCUACAAGGUGAAAGUGUUGCCUACCCAUGAUGCCAGCAAGGUGCGCGCCAGUGGCCCCGGUCUUAACACCACCGGAGUUCCCGCCUCUCUGCCUGUCGAGUUCACCAUCGACGCCAAGGAUGCAGGAGAGGGGCUGCUCGCCGUACAGAUCACUGACCCCGAGGGGAAGCCGAAGAAGGCCAGUAUCCGUGACAACCAGGACGGGACUUACCUGGUGUCGUAUGUACCUGACAUGACUGGUCGUUACACCAUCCUGAUAAAGUAUGGCGGGGACGAGAUCCCUUAUUCCCCCUACCGUAUCAGGGCUCUACCUACUGGAGACGCCAGUAAAUGUACUGUCACAGGAGCCGGUGUGGGUCCAACCAUCCAGAUCGGAGAGCAGACUGUCAUUACUGUGGAUGCAAAGGCUGCUGGGAAAGGAAAGGUGACGUGCAGUGUGUGUACCCCAGAAGGGGUGGAGUUGGAUGUAGACGUGGUGGAGAAUGAGGAUGGAACCUUUGAUAUCUUCUACACUGCCCCCCAGCCUGGAGAUUACUGUAUCUGCGUUCGCUUUGGAGGGGAGCUCAUCCCCAACAGCCCCUUCCUGGUCACGGCAUUGGAAGGAGCCCCCUCAGAUCAGCUCCUCCAACAGCAACAACUACCACAGUACUACAGUCAACAGCCCUGGGCAACAGACCGGCCAAUGGGAAUGAAUGGUUUGGACGUGGCGGGACUCCGGCCGUUUGACCUGGUUAUCCCCUUCACCAUCCAAAAAGGAGAGAUCACAGGCGACGUGCGCAUGCCGUCAGGUAAAACAGCCAAGCCAGACAUCACAGACAAUAAGGACGGGACGGUAACGGUUAAAUACGCUCCGACUGAGGCCGGCCUGCACGAGAUGGACAUCAAAUACGACGGGAUACACAUCCCUGGCAGUCCACUCCAGUUCUAUGUGGACUAUGUGAACAGUGGGAACGUCAGUGCGUACGGACCGGGUCUGAUCCACGGUACCGUCAACAAACCUGCCAUGUUCACCGUCAACACCAAGGACGCAGGAGAGGGUGGUCUGUCUCUGGCCAUUGAGGGUCCUUCUAAAGCUGACAUCAGCUGUGUGGAUAACCAGGAUGGAACGUGUUCUGUGUCCUACCUGCCUGUCCUACCUGGGGACUACAGCAUCCUGGUCAAAUACAAUGACAAACACAUCCCUGGCAGCCCCUUCUCAGCCCACAUCACAGGUGAUGACUCUAUGAGGAUGUCCCAUCUGAAGGUGGGCUCUGCUGCUGACAUCCCAUUGGACAUUGGCGAGCUGGACCUGAGUCAGCUGACAGCCUCUCUGACCACGCCCUCUGGCCGAGAGGAACCCUGCCACCUCAAGAUGCUCCGCAACGGACACGUCGGCAUCUCGUUUGUUCCCAAGGAGAUCGGGGAGCACCUGGUGAACAUCAAGAAGAACGGACGCCAUAUUCCCAGCAGCCCCAUCGCCGUGAUGAUCAGCCAAUCGGAGAUUGGUGACGCCAGUCGGGUGCGAGUGACUGGCCAGGGCCUCAGUGAGGCCAAAACCUUUGAACCUGCUGAGUUCAUCAUCGACACACGUGAAGCAGGCUAUGGGGGUCUGAGUCUUUCCAUCGAGGGCCCCAGUAAGGUGGACAUUAACACUGAGGACCAGGAGGAUGGCACCUGUAAGGUCACCUACUGCCCUACUGAACCAGGAAACUACAUCAUCAACAUCAAGUUCGCCGACCAACACGUACCAGGGAGUGCGUUCACGGUGAAGGUGACAGGAGAAGGGAGGAUGAAGGAGAGCAUCACCAGGAAGAAGAGAGCAGCAUCUGUUGCUAACGUGGGCAGCCAGUGUGACCUCAGCCUCAAGAUCCCAGAGAUCAGCAUAGCAGACAUGGUGGCCCAGGUGACCAGUCCGUCUGGUCAGGUCCAGGAGGCUGACAUCAUGGAGGGAGAGAACAACACCUACUGCAUCCGCUUUGUUCCCACGGAGACCGGCGUACACACAGUGUGUGUGAAGUACGCGGGCGUGCACGUGCCCGGCAGCCCCUUCCAGUUCACAGUGGGGCCCCUGGGAGAAGGAGGAGCCCACAAGGUCCGCGCUGGGGGGCCCGGGCUGGAGAGAGCAGAGGCUGGAGUACCAGCUGAGUUCAGUAUCUGGACGCGGGAGGCAGGUGCAGGGGGUCUCAGCAUUGCGGUGGAGGGGCCCAGUAAAGCAGAGAUCACCUUCGAGGACCGCAAGGACGGAUCCAGUGGAGUAUCCUACAUGGUCCAGGAGUCAGGAGACUAUGAGGUGUCUGUCCGUUUCAAUGAGGAGCACAUCCCUGACAGUCCCUUCGUGGUUCCCGUGGCGUCGCCCUCUGAUGACGCCAGACGACUCACUGUUGCCAGUCUUCAGGAGUCCGGGUUGAAGGUCAAUCACCCAGCAUCCUUUGCUGUGAGCCUGAACGGAGCGAAGGGACAGAUUGACGCUAAAGUCCACAGCCCCUCCGGAGCCCUGGAGGGCUGCUGUGUUACUGAGCUAGACCAAGAUAAGUAUGCUGUCCGAUUCAUUCCCAGAGAGAACGGUCUGUAUCUGAUCGAUGUGAAGUUCAACGGCAGCCACAUCCCCGGCAGUCCCUUCAAGAUCAGGGUGGGGGAGACGGGACAGGCUGGAGACCCAGGCAUGGUGACCGCAUACGGAGCUGGAUUAGAGGGAGGAACCACUGGUUCAGCCUGUGAGUUCGUGGUUAACACCAGUAAGGCGGGCCCUGGGGCUCUGGCAGUGACCAUCGACGGCCCCUCCAAGGUGAAGAUGGACUGUGUUGAGUGUCCGGAGGGUUACAAGGUGACCUACACCCCCAUGGCUCCAGGAAACUACUUAAUCUCCAUCAGAUACGGAGGACCUUACCACAUCGUAGGAUCCCCCUUCAAGGCUAAGAUCACUGGCUCCAAGCUGGUCAGUAGCCAUAGUAACCACGAGACGUCCAGUGUCAUGGUCGACCCCGUGACUCGCCAGGUUAGCUCUUCCCACCAGGGAGCUCCCAGCCAAUCGGACGCCAGCUGUGUGACAGCCAAGGGUCUCGGCCUAUCAAAGGGCUUUAUCGGCCAGAAGAACAACUUCAGCGUCGACUGCAGCAAAGCAGGUCGUAACAUGCUGUUGGUGGGUGUGGAUGGGCCCAGGGUUCCCUGUGAGGAGGUACUGGUGAAGCACCUUGGGAACCGUGUCUAUAACAUCAGCUACCAGCUCAAGGAGAAGGGAGAGUACAUCCUGGUAGUGAAGUGGGGAGAACAACACAUCCCUGGCAGCCCCUACCACAUCACUGUCUAAAACCAAUCAGAUUCGACUCCAUUACUGUCUAGAGGCCAAUGACAAAUCAGAACCCUCCAAACUAGCCCCUUUGUCUUCAUAGCAAUCAGAGAUUACAACUUUCUAAACUCAUUCACCAUAACCCAAACAAUAAUGCAUAAACACUGAAUAUUCCUCUUCAUUCCUCUCAUCCCCCUCACCUAUCAUCCCUCCCCUCACCUAUAUCAUAACCAUUAGUAGUCAUAGAGAGGGGAAACAUGCACCUUUUUAUUACUGUAAAAUAGCUUAGCAACAUGUACCUUCCUUUCCCCACGCAGUGUUUAGCUGUGGGCUAGUGAUAGCCUAGCGUAUGGUAGCAUAGUGUAUUGGUAUAGGGGUUAGCCUAGCCUAGCAGAGCAUAGUAUAUUGGUAUGAGAAUAGCCUAAUGCUAGUCCAGUGUGUUCAUAAUGCUAAUUCUAAAAUGUUUAAGGGAAAGUGGGAUACCUUGUCAGUUAAGCUACUGUGGCUUGGUGUUAGCUCGUCUUAACCAUAGCAAUAAUGAAAGGGCUUAUAGGUUAAACUGUUGGUAUAGGGUUUAUGACAUGUUAAGAACAAAUGAAUAGCACGUUAGUGAUGCUAGAGUAGCCGGCUCCUAUAACUUCACACACAAACAUGUUUUAGAGGUGCGACUAGCACCACUGCAGCGAUUGACCCAGUUAGAACGGCGUCUUACAGCUUAUUGACUAGAUUAAAGUAUUACUAAUUAUAGUGUGAUGUCCAUGUCACUAGUAGUAUGAUUAACUGUAGUGUGGAAGUGAUGUCCAGAUAAUAGUAUUGAUUAAAAACUGUCACGGUAAUAGCUGUAAUAUUACUAGCAGUGAAUAUGAGGAAAGUGUUGGAUGGAGAGAUGAGCAAAAUGCAUAAAGAACAAAUGUUGCUUUGUGUUCCUGCUAAAUGUUCUAAACCCCCCUGCUCUUUAGCUUUGUUACGCAGUAUUCCAGAAUAAAAUAACCUUGUCUGUUAAAGGGCUUUAAAGUGUUGUAAGACAGUAUAUUUUGAUCCACAAUAAAGAUUGUCUUGAAGGA